UAAUAAAGAGAAUUUCAUAGCGUAAGUUGUCAAAAUCAAUAUUAAAAACCAUGGUUGAAAUUAUGCCAAAAUUAUUAGUUUCAUUAUUCAGAUAGUAUGUAUUAACAAAUUUCAAUUCAAUAAUUUGAACGAGAAUGGAGGGUGAAGGAUACAGGAUGAAGAAGCGGUGACCAACGUUAUGCUGCGCAUUCUUGCUGCUAGAUGCAUCAAAUUGAAGAGAUUAGGGACGACGAUAUAUCGCUCGCCACGCAACUUGAGGACUUAUGCGGAAAGACGACGAAGAACCGGCGAUGGUCGAAAAAGGGACAUCUUCGAGGAAAGGGGCGCCGCCAGCGAGGAAGAAUAUUUUCGUAAGGAAACCGCCAGGCAACUAAAGGAACUCAGAGAGCAGCAAGCGCGCCGUAAAGCAGAAAAGAAAAAUCAAGUAUUAGAGGAUAUAAAUGGGGUAGCAAUGGAGAACAGAGUUCAGGAGAGAUGCAAUCGAAAAAAAAAUACUUCAAAAUGUUCUAACAAGUGUUCUGACAAAAAAGUAACAAGAUAUGAAAAGGAAUAAAAUUUGGAAUGCAACAUAUUAAUCGCAAGAAUUAUUAAGGUCUGAUGGAUUAUAUAUGAAAAUUAUUGUAAAUGCAUUAAAUCAAAUAUAAUAAUGCCAAUUUGAU